GUCACCAACCUCUUCUUCUGGAGGUAACGUGUUACCUCGUCCAGUCACCCAAGGACUUCUGCGCCAUUUGUCAGCUCAGCCCUGCUUUUACACCGCUGCUGGAACCCUUCAUGGACCGGCUGUGGGCAGGUUUAUACCAGGCUCGGUGGCCGUGCUUCUACAGCUGCCUUCUCCAUCGCGGGGCGGAGGCCUGGUACACGCUGUACUGGCAGACUUGGAGGGGAAACAGCGAAUUCCAAAUGGAGAUCUUCGACCGCGAGAAGAAGCGAGGCUUCUGCAUGUCGGCGAUGCCGGCCCUUGUCCAAUAUGACCAUGCUGCCGAUGCUUAUGUUGCAUCGUACAUAAGUGCAAGCGAAGUGAUGCCGGAGGUCAUCCCAAGGGCCCAGGAGCACCGGCUACGGUUCUGCCCACCAUCCGCUCGACAAAGGCUUUGCAUCAGCUGGCUGCCUCUGCCGGAGGUUCCCAGGAAGCGGCUGUGCCCCAGCUACAAGCGGCAGAGCACUUAUCCGUACAAGGUUCUGGAAGGCCUGCAGGGACUGGAGGUUGGGAAGCCGGUGGAGCUCCAGUGGAAGAUGCAGCUCGGUAGCCCCUUCGGUUGGUG